UUGAGUGGAGUACCCCAAAGUGAAUUGAGAGAUUUAAAACGUGUAUUUGAUUUUUUAAAUUAUUUCGAUUUUUUUUUUCUUUUUUGUGAAGGUCAUAAUGAAAUUAUUGAAUAAUUUCAAUACAAAAUUAGCGAAAUAUCGAAAAAAUGCCAAGAAAUUUUCAAAGAAUAUUUCCACUAACGUCGGCACCAGUUUGACUACUUCGCAUAAUGACGGUUUGGCAUCCAUGAAAUUACCUGUCACCCGGCCGCAGGCUUUACGAAUGCAAAUAAUUAGCGAUUCAGACCACUACCAUUCGUAUUUCACCUCAAGGACCGAUGUACCGAACAAUGAGGAAUAUUUGGAAAAGCCAACGAAAUUUCUGCAGAAAGCCACGAAAGAUAAUUUUAUGUAUGAAGGUCAUUUUCACGAGGCCGUGGGCAAAAUUCUUCUAAUCGCCCAAUGUUUUGCCAUGAUGCCAGUGCGUGGAGUAACAUCCUCUCAUCCACGCUAUUUGUCCUUCUCCUGGACUCAUAUUCGAACCAUUUACUGUUUGAUUUUCAUCACCUGCAGUGCUGUGGAUUCCAUAAUAGCUGUUUACAAAGUUCUAAAUGCACCGAUAACAUUUAACAAUAUUGAACCAAUGAUUUUUCGCAUUGCCAUUCUAAUUGUUUGUGUGAGCGCCUUAAAUUUGGCUCGCAAAUGGCCGGAACUAAUGGUGCAGUGGCACAGCCUGGAGCAGCAGCUACCUGAGUACAGUUCACAAAAGGAGAAACGUCGCAUGGCAGAUAAGAUACGAAUGGUCUUCUUUGUCGGGAUGAUAUUGUCGCUGGCUGAACACUUGCUGAGCGUUACCCAAGCAAUUUACUUUGCGGCCCGCUGUGGAGCCACCGAUGAUCCGGUGAAGAAUUUCCUUCUCAUUGCCAGCGACCAUCUGUUCUACAUAUUUCCCUAUUCCUAUUUAUUGGGAUGGUAUGGCAAGCUAUUGAAUGUCAUGUCCACUUUCAUCUGGAACUAUAUGGAUGUGUUUGUGAUGAUCAUGAGUAUUGGACUGACCUAUAUGUUCAAGCGGGUCAAUGAGAAUUUGGAGAAGUUUAAAAAUAAGCAAAUGCCAGCUGUCUUUUGGGCUGAGCGUCGUGUCCAAUACCGCAAUGUGUGUAUCCUGUGCGAAAAGGUGGACAAUGCCAUUUCAAUGAUAACCAUGGUGUCCUUUUCGAAUAAUUUGUACUUCAUUUGUGUGCAGUUGUUGAAGAGCAGAAACAACAUGUCCUCCGCCGUCAGCAUGGUCUAUUUCUAUUUCUCUUUGGUAUUUCUAUUUCUACGCUCGCUGGCAGUGUCCUUGUAUUCGGCAGCCAUUUACGAUGAAUCACGAAAACCUUUACGCGUUCUACGCUCCGUGCCCAAGGAGUCCUGGUGUCUGGAAGUCAAACGCUUUGCCACCGAAAUUAGCAGUGAUUUGGUGGCAUUGAGUGGCAUGAAAUUCUUUCAUCUAACAAGAAAAUUGGUUCUGAGUGUGGCCGGUACAAUUGUCACCUAUGAACUGGUGCUAAUACAAUUCUAUGAACCAACCGAUCUAUGGGAUUGCAAAAGUCUAUUAAAAAAUUUCAAACAUCAAAAGCUGUUGGCUAGUGGCAAAUAAACCGGACGGUUAUAUGUGAUGCGGACAAAUGAAGAAAACGAGAAACAAGAAAUUGAAUUACAUUUUAAAACUGAAGACGGGACGUGCAAAGUUUUCAUUGAAAAUCUUAAAUUUAUUAAAUGUUUUAAAUUUAACAACAUAGUUGAUAUACACUCUAGAUCUCUUUGUUAUCUUUCUUUUAUGAGUCACUUAAUUCAAAGUAGGAUUAAGCACUCUGUCGCUCAACUGA